AUGAGCAAGGUACAAUUCAUGGAUCAAUUGUUGAAAGAUUUUAAAGAAGUUAGUGCAGUUAGCGGAGUUCAUAAUAAGUCGUCUGUUAAUGAAUCUUUUUUGAAAGAAGAAAGUACAGGACCUUAAAUUAUACUAACUAAUAAUAAAAAUAGAUUGAAGUUAAAAGAAUACAGCAAAAAGUUAUCACAUUAUAAAUAAGAAAUGGUGAAUGUAUAAAAUUAGAUUGAUUUGGAAUAUACACGAUUUAAAGAGUCGAAAAUAUCAAUGGCUACAAUAAUAACAAGGGAGAUUAAUAAAUUAUAAAAGUAGGAUGAAGAUCAAAUCAAAGACAUGUUGACUUUCGUAAAAAAAUUAAUAGAAUUUAAUCAGAAGAUAACUUUGGAAAUAGAAAACGUAUAUGAAAAGUAUUGAUAAGUGCCAUAUAUCAAAAUAGUUAAUAAACAGUGUCAUCUUAAGAAGUAGAGGCUGCUGCUUAGGUGUUCCAAGAAGUAGAGUAACAAGUGUUAGCUAUGAAACAAAAGAAAUUAGAUCUUGCAUCUAUAGAUUUCAAAUUAUUAUCUAUGAAUGAGUACAAUCGAAUUACUUUAUAGUUGCAAGAAUAAAAACUUAAUUCAUAAGAAUAAUCUAAUAAUCUAUUCAAAAAUGAAUAAAAAAUUAAUAUAAUGUUGAGUUAACAGUUAGAAGAAAAAAAUCAAAUUAUUUAAUAAUUAUAAAACAAUUCAUCAUGGGAAUAAUGGAGAGAGUUAGAAUAAUUGAUUUCAAAUUAAUUAGAUAGAUUUAGAAUUCCUCAACCAAAAUCUAAUACCAAUCUAUUUAAUUAUAUUUUUGAUUCCUUAGAUUAAAUUAUUGAUAAUUAAGAAUGUGAAAUUAAAGAUUUAUCAAAUUAAAUCUUUAAAUAUUAAAAAGAAAUUGAUGAAGUUAAAUAACAAAAUGAAAUUAUCAUCAAAGAAAAUAAACAAAUCUAAAACUAAAUCAAAUUAAGAAUUGAUGAGAAACAUCAAGAAAAACUUCAACUUUAAGAUGAAAUGAAAAACAUUCUUAAUAAUAGUAUUGAGGUGGAAAAAGAAAAUUAAGUCUAUAAUAAUCAAUUAUAAAUGUAUACUCAUUAAAUCAAAUAACUUUAAAAAAGCAACACAAAUUUAUAUAAAGAAUUAUAAAAAUAUAAAAAUGAUGUUAAUGAAUUGAAUGAUAUUAGAAUUAAGUUAGAAGAUGAAUGUGAAAAACAUUUAUCCAUUAUUGAAAGACUUAAUAAAUAAAAUAAUGAAUUAGAGUCUAUCCUAUAUUAGUCUAAAAAUGAUGAAAAUGAUGAAAUUUAAUAAUAUAAACAAUUAUCCAAAUCUCAAUCAAUUAGGAUCUAAUAAUUGGAAUCUGAAUUAAACAAUACUUAAUUAACAAAUACUAAAUUAUCAGAAAAAUAAAAAGAAUAUGAUGAAUAACUAAGAUAGUUGAAAAAUUAAGUUUAAGAUUUUGAAAAGUAAAUUUUUAAUUAGGAAACUGAAAUUAAGAAAUAAUUAAAGCUAAAUGAUGCAUUACAAAAAUAAUUAAAAGAAAGUUAUGAAUUCAAUAAUACAUAAAAUUCUGAUCAAAAAGAAUUAGAUGAAGAAAUGAAAUAUUAAAUUAAAUUCAAUGACAUAUAAAAAGAAUUUAAAGAGUAUAAAAUAUAAACAGAAAGUAGAUUAAAAAAGGCAUUAUCAUAGUCUUAAGAAUUUUAAUAAAAACUUUAAAUGUAAGAUUAAGAGAAAUUAUUGGAGAGUCACAAAAUGAUUGAAAAAGAAACAACUCUUAAAAGUGAGAAUUAAAUAUUGAAUCAAAAAAUUAAUUUAUUAUAAGAAUAAUUGAAAUAAUAAGAAAUAAAUUAUUUGAAUGAAAUAAAAAUUAAUAAAUUAGCAUUAGAUUAAACAUAAAUAUAAUAUCAAUAAUAAUCAUAAUUGUUUGAUAAAUUAAAACUUUAGAACUCAUAAUUAGAUUAGGUAAUCAAAUAAUUUUAUUAUAGGUUAUCUUGGAAAAAGAAACAUUGAUAUAGGAACUUUAAUAAGAAAUGGAUAGUAAUUCAGCUUAAUAUGAAUAAUAAGUUAAUGAAAUUUAAUAAGAAUACAAUUCUAUAAUAGAUGUAUAUUUAAAAAUAAAUUUAGGAAAAAUAAUCUCAAAUUUAAUAACUUUAAUAAACCAUCUCAAGUUAAAAACAUGAGAUAAUGCUUUAAUAAAGACAAAUUGAUUAAUUAGAAUUCUAGAAAUAAUAAGAUCUAUUAUAAUAUAAGAUUGAGAAUGAUAAAAAAUCUCUUUAAUUUGCAAAAGAAUUAGAAUAGGUUAAAGAUGUUUUAAAUACUUCUGUAAGUUUCUAAUAAAUAAAAGAAAAUGAAAAAUCCUUUUAAAAAAAGAUGUAAUAGGUUUAAGAAUCAUCAAGUAAAUCCAUAGCUUAAACAUCAUAAAAAUAUGAAUAAAUUAUUUAAGAUUUAGUUUAAUAAUAUGAUAAACAAGUAAAUUAUUUGCAAGAUUAAUUGCAAUUAUAAAAUAGAUUAGAUUUUUAAUAAAAUCGAAAUAGUUAAAAGCCUCCAAGAGCUUAGCAUAAGAGUCCUAAUUGUUAUACAAACUCUCCAGCUUCUUCAAUUUAAUAAAGUUUUUAUAGAGAAGUAGCUAAAUUUUCAAAAGAUUUGGAUGAUUCUUAAGAGUCAAAUACAUAAAAAAGGCCAAUAGGAAUAAUUAAGAAAAAUAAACAUAUUUUUAUAGAAGAUGAUAAUAAUAAUACUAGUUAAGAAUAAACUUCAUCUGUUUAAAAUUAUAGUAGUUCUGGUAGAGUCUAAAUAAAUGAUCAUGCUGUUCAGACUGAUUAAUAAAAUGAAGACAUCUUUCCACCUUUUGAUCAUAGGAUUUGUUUAAGGUGUAAAAAAAAUGAUAUGAUUUCUCCAAAUUUUUGUAAAUUUAAGGAAGUAAAUUAGUUUACAGACUUAAGCAAUGUAAUUUAUAUUUAAUAUGUUAAUAGAGUCAAGGUAGUGCAAGUAGAUUGAAAUCUUCCAGAGUUUUGAAAGAACAUAUAUAUGGAAGCAAUUUAAGUUGGAGAUAGAGAGAAACUAAUUCAAUCACUAAAUCAAACUUUUUUUCAAUUGGUGAAAAAACUUCUUAAGGAAUCAAUACUAUUUUAAGUUUAAUUAAUAUAGAAAAUACUCAAUUUAAAAGAGGUUAUAGUCAAAAAAAAAAUUAAAGAAAUUAAAGAAAUUCAGAAAGUUUGUCAAUCUCAUUUAGUUCUAAAAUGGAUACAAAUAGAAGUAAUUAAUGA